AAAAAGGCAGGAAGGGAGAACGUCCCAACCGGAGAAAAAACAGAAGAUUUUAGAGGAACCUAUUCACGGUCCUCGACCUAUCGUUAAUCAGUUCCUUUGUUUUGCGGAAAAAUGUUUACCUUGUAAGGUGUUAUUGGAUACUGGUGCAACUGGUCCUGUUUUGUCUGCUGUUUUUGUUGAUAGUUUUGAGGUCCCGAAGGUGAAACGAGAUGUCCCGGCCCGGGGUAUUUGGAUUACUGGAGAAGUUAUGAAGGGCACGGGACACGCCUUUACACAACCAUUAAUUAUAAUGUCAAGGGGGCAUCAAACACAGUUGUCAUUCGAAAUCGCCCCUCUCCCACUUGGUAUCGAUGCGAUACUACCGAACUGGUGGUUGAAAGAAUACAAACCGGUUAUAGGGGCGAAUGGGGAAGUUUCCUACGAUGAAAUGGACGAGGGUGUAUUGGACGAUCCGGAGGCCCAAUUCAUCGGUAGCAUUUGCCUUUUGGAAGAUGAAUCGGUCAACCUCCGCGAAACUCUUCCCUCUUGGCUCCAUGGGUUCCUUAAAGUCUUCCUACCAUCGGAAUCAGACAAAUUACCACCGCAUCGAUCUUACGACCAUGCGAUAGAUCUCGAACCAGGGAAGCAGCCACCAUGGGGACCCGUUUACUCCCUAUCCGAAGUCGAGCUGAAGGUGCUUCGGGAGUACCUGGACAAAAUGUUGCGAUUGGGAAAGAUUAGGCCGAGCAAAUCCCCGGCAGGAGCCCCAAUCCUAUUUGUGAAGAAGAAGGACGGUAGUCUCCGACUUUGCGUUGACUACCGUGGACUUAACCGUGUGUCCAUCAAGAACAGGUAUCCCUUACCGCUUAUGGACGAACUGCGAGAUCGAGUAGCAGGCGCGGUUAUCUUCUCGAAGAUUGACCUGAAGGAAGGCUACAACCUCAUCAGGAUUAAAGACGGCGACGAGUGGAAGACAGCCUUCCGUACGCGGUAUGGGCAUUUGAGUGUAGUAGUAUAUCUCGAUGAUAUCCUAAUAUAUAGCAAGUCUCGAGAGGAACACAGGGAGCUGGUAGGCAAAGUACUUAGCAGGCUACAAGAAUACAACCUGAUCGCCAACCCGAAGAAAUCGUUCUUCGAGCUCACCGAAAUCGAGUUUCUCGGAUACAUCCUUGCCCCAGCAGGCGUCACCAUGGCACUGGAUAAGGUUAUGUCUGUUACGAAUUGGCAAGCCCCGCGCAGCGUUAAAGAAGUACAGAUCUUCAUGGGCUUUGCCAACUUCUACAGAAGGUUUAUCCACAAUUUCUCCGGGGUCUGUAAACCCAUUACCGAUUGUCUCAGGGGUGAUGCUAAGAACUUUGUCUGGUCUAUGACGGCCCAAGCAGCCUUCGAAAAACUCAAAACCCUGUUUACAUCUGCGCCGAUCUUGGUACAUUUCUCUCCAGAUCGCCAGACUAUCGUGGAAACGGACGCAAGUGAUUUUGCUAUCGCCGCAAUUCUAUCCCAGGUUAUUGACGGAAAGACUCACCCUGUUGCCUUUUAUUCUCGAAAGCUUAACCCAGCGGAACUUAACUACGACGUCUGGGAUAAGGAGAUGCUAGGAAUUGUGUCAGCCUUCAAGCAAUGGCGUCACUACCUCGAAGGACCUAGCCGAACGGUCCUCGUCUAUACGGAUCACAAGAACUUAGAGUACUUCUCUACAACCAAGGUUCUUAACCGACGACAGGCAAGGUGGGCUGAGUCUUUGGCGGAAUUUGAUUUCAAGAUUAUUUACCGCCCGGGAACCAAAAAUGGGAAGGUAGAUGCACUAUCGCGACGGCCGGAGUACCGUCCUGAAGGGGGAGGCACGCUUGGGAAACAGCCGAUAGACAGGUUCUUUAAGCCCGGACAGUUGGCGGAGGAAGAGUUUGUGGUAUCAGCGGUGUCGCUUGCCUCCAAGGGGGUGAUUGACUGGUCUAAGAACUUUCUGGAUCAUGUCAGGCAGGCGGCAUCGGGAGACCCGACAUGGGUAGGAUUGAAAGAGAGAAUUGAGCAGGGAGAGAAGCUGGGGGAAAUGAAGGAUAUCGCAGAGAAAGAUGGGCUACUCUUCUAUAAGAACCGACUCUACAUUCCGGCAGAUGACCGUAUUAAGAUCCGAAUCGCGCAGGCAGAACACGACUCAAAGGUGGCAGGACACUUUGGACAAGACAAAACUUUGGAACUUAUUAUGCGCAACUUCUACUGGCCAAAAAUGAACGAGUGGAUUGAUGAUUACGUUCGGUCAUGUGAUGAGUGCCAGCGCAACAAACCCAGCCGCCAUAAGAAAUAUGGUGCGCUUCUACCAUUGUCCACGCCACAUUCUGUCUGGCAAUCGAUAUCAAUGGACUUCGUCGUGCAAUUACCGGAAUCAAAGGGAUAUAACCAAAUUUGGGUAGUAGUCGAUAGGUUCUCGAAGAUGUCGCACUUUAUUCCCCUAGUAGCAGAAACGACCCGCGCAGGAUUUAGCGAAGAUAUUCCUCGGUCAAAUCUGGCGACUCCAUGGGCUGCCUUUUGA